GUUCACUUCACAGAAUAGUGAUAACAAAAUAUUUAUUUUUUCAAUGAAUUACUGUGUGAAUUUGAAUUACUUGAAAUAUCCUUGUGCUAGUGCAUGUGAUGUUUAAAAAAUUACUAUCCAACUUUAGUCGAUUGUUAGGUUCGCCGGCUAGGACUCUCGUAACACAGGAAAGGACAAUGGGUCGAAUUAAAACUAUGCAAGAGCUUGGCUACGGUUUCAACGCCGAUGGGCAAUUGAGAAAGCUCGGUCCGGAUGGUGUUGUAGGCGAUGAACCGUUUGAAUUCAAUAUCAGUAACGAUCACCAAGAAUGCCAAUCUCACUACGAAGUUCUUGGUGCUGCGGUGACUGAACACAUAUAUCAACUUUUGGAGGAUACAGAGAAUCUAUCUAAGUUACCCGUACCUAAAGGUACAUCUUCAGAAAAUGGUACAUUUGUUUUUGUAUCAAAAGAUUAUGAUCAAAAGGACACUAUUUUAGUCUUGAUACAAGGCACAGGCGCUGUUCGCGCUGGUCAAUGGGCAAGAUCGCUCAUAAUCAACGAAAAUUUAGACAAAGGAACCCAAAUUCCGUACAUCCAGGAAGCCGUCAAUCGAGAUUUUGGUAUAUUGGUCAUGAAUCCAAAUGACACUCACAGAGCUGGCAAGAAAAUUCCAAAUAGCAGUUCUAGUGAAGAACAUGCAACUUAUGUGUGGAAGACGUACAUAGCAGAUUCAAAAGCUAAAAAUGUUGUGAUAAUAGCCCAUAGUUAUGGGGGUUUAUUAACAGUUAUGCUAUCUCAGAAGUUUAAAAGUGACUUUGAGAACAGAGUUAAAGCUGUGGCCUUUACAGAUUCUGUGCAUUCCUUUUCUGGUGCUAAAAUAUCAGAUGCUUUGAAAAAGGUUGCAAUAAAUUGGAUAGCUACUUCAUCACCAUUAGACACACCAAUGAAAACUCCUGAGUUUGAUAUAACAAGAUUAUCAGCAGGUCAUCCUCAACAUGAAAUGACGUCAUAUGCAUGUAUGAGUUCUGUGUUCAAAUUUAUUGAUAAGAAGUUAAAAAGUUAAAGAACUAUUAGUUAUCAAUAUAACAUGCGCAGAGGAAAAUAUCAAAUUAAAUUCCGGGAAUGGAACGUCUUCCCAGAGGAAUACAGUGAUAGUAUAGAGUGAGUGGGUACAAUCUAGACAAGCAUGUCCUUGCAUCAGUACUAACCAUCAUAUAUUAUUACUUCUACUACUUAAUGCCAUAGUCUAUUGACUGACUAUUUAAUGCAAAAAAAUAAUACAUAAGGCGCACACAAAAGACAAUAAUAAAUAUUAUAAGAUUUAAAUUUUUUAUUAAGUAUGUACAAUAAACAAUAUAA